AUGCAAAACUCCCUUCUCUCUCGCGGAGAAGACCCCCUUCGCCUUCUUCACUACCAUCUGAAUGUUCAGAUGAUUUCACCGUCAUCCUUAGACCCUACCAAUCUUCCUGCUACCAUCGAUAUGAAGGCGCUGAGCGAGAAUAAUCUCCCUACACACGUUCUUGUAUUAUUCCCUCCCAGGCGGCCACCCGUGCUUAUCCCAAUAGAUGCCGACCGUUAUACUCACGGCUUCCGCGCCGAACUCGUAUUGCCGUUAUCUACGCGCGCAGCACCAUAUCGGUCUGCAUCCAAUGAACUGCGCAUAACAUUACCGCUUACUCCACCUCUCACAAUCGUACCCCAUCCUCCAUCCCUCUCCCUCCUUCUCCUCUUCGGCAUGGGCCUAGAAACUUGCCAGAACGACUUGGCGUACCGUAUGCUUCCAGCUUCGGUCGUGGAUGAGUUCCCGAAUGCCGCAGCCAUGGCACAAGUCAUGAGCCUUUCCGGUGAUGAGGAAUUUGACAGACGAGUUCAAUUCAAUAUGGGUCUCUGGAGGAACAUAUUGGGUUUAGGUAUCAGGGAUACCAGAAUUGCGGAGUUGGUGCGAACGGCGGUAGGUGUUACCUCCGAGGCGAGGAAAUUGAGGGCACGAGGAUGA